AUGAGCUUUGUUCAAAAUAUAAUUACGUUAACAAUAUUAUUGAUUUGUAUUAGAUCUUCUCAGCAAUCUAUUAUUGGAGCGGGUCUCGGUGAGUUACUGAAACGACACUUUCAAAAAAAAACAUUAAUUUCAUCAGGGAUUUGGAGCAACAAUUCAUCAUGCAACUCGUCACUUGAUUGUGGUCCAAUUGAACAAGUCAGUAAAAGAUGGUGUGACUAUACUAAAAGAAAAUGUCAAAUCCCUGAAUCAAUAUUCACAUUUGAUCAUCUUUGUCUCGAUAUGGUCACGCCAUUUGGACAAGAACCGACAAUUUCGAAUGGAAAAAAUAAUGGUGAGUUAGAGGAAGUCUUUAGAGGCCAAUCAAAACAUGUUAGCUUUGUAAAAAUGGAAAUCAGUGAGAAUGAGGGAGACGUGGAACGUGGAAGUCGUUUUCUCUUAAAAUCAGAGUAUUUGUCUGCGUCUCCAUCUCUCUCACCGAUUGCUUCAGACCACUAGAAAGGAAUCGGACCGCUUUUUCGAAAUUUGCACGAAAAUUGAUUUGAUUUAGGAAUUGAUUUGAUUUUCUCUUAUUCGAUUCAAAAAUAGAGUCUUAAAAAUCAGCCAAACUUCAAUGUACGAAAUCUGGAAGCCUGAAAUUCCCAAUUUUCAGAUACUAGAUCGAUCAGCAAAGAGCAAUGUGAAAGUGACGGAGGCCAAGUACACCAAAACCAUUGUUGUCCAAGAUGUGAGUUUUUUUCAACCAAAGUAUAAAAUUCGCCUUCGCAUAUUUUAACUUCAGUGAAAAAACGAGGAAACGAAACAUUCUCAAUCCCUCAAAACCCAUAUAAAACCAAUAUUGCUUGUUAUCCAAACAAAACUCUUCCAAUGAUUUUUUCGUUUGCCUGGUGUGACAAAUCAACGCAAAAAAUUUGGACAUUAGGUUUGCUUGGCAAAAAUCAACACAAUAUUUAUACAAAUUUUGUAAUGUGCUCAAAACACGAUGAUUGUGGAAAUGGAUUUGUAUGUAUAAAUGAAGUUCGUGGAAGACGAGUUUGCUAUUUUGAUCCGGUAAUUAAAAUCAUUAAUUAAUAUCUUCAGAUUUCAAAUUUCAUGUUUUUUUCAGUUAAACAGUGAAUCUUUCCCAAUCGGAGCAACUUUUGCAUUUUUUGCACCACUUCUGAUUGUUCUUUUUAUACUUGCUGCAACUAUGGUUUAUAUAGAUAAAUACUGGUGA